GCAUAUGAGGAACCACAGCAGACUAAAUCAGCACAUCCAGCUCGGCUACAGCUACAGGAUCGACUCCACUGUCUUUGACCUGAACGUGGACGGCUUAGCUUACAACCCUAACAUGGCUGCCAGCUUCUACAACCUCAACAAGGCUCCUAACUACCUCUUGCUGUUGGUCCCCCUUUACAGCUUUUUGAUUUUGGAGAUUGGAGGUCAUGGCCAGACAGCGACGCCAUUCUCUUUCACAGGAGCCAACGUAACCAUAACCAACAACGAGGAGCUGAGGAUAGUGAUGGUGGGGAAGACUGGCACUGGGAAGAGCGCCACCGGAAACACCAUCCUGGGUCGAGAGUGUUUCGAAUCAAAGUUCAGCGCCGAGUCGAUGACUGUGGAGACUACGAAGGGUAAAGGUACAGUAGAUGGUCAGAAGGUUGCUGUUAUCGACACCCCGGGCUUCUUUGACACCAGAUAUGUUCCGGAGAAGACAGAGAAAGACAUCGCUAAGUGCAUCAUGUAUGCUGCUCCUGGACCCCACGUGUUCCUGGUGAUCAUCAGACUGGGCAGAUACACUGCAGAGGAGAUGAACACGGUGCAGAGGAUUCAGGAGAUCUUUGGCCAGGCAGCAGACAGAUACAGCAUGGUCCUCUUCACUCACGGGGAUCAACUUGAAGGCACCACCAUCGAGGACUUCUUGAAAGAAAGCCCCAAGCUGCUGGAACUCGUGGCCAGAUGUAACGGGCAGUACCACGUCUUCAACAACAAGAACAAGGAUCGCUCUCAGGUCACCGAGCUGCUCCAGAAGAUCCGAAGUAUCGUCCAGAAGAACGGAGGGAGCCACUACACCAACGAGAUGUUCCAGGAGGCCGAGAAGGCCCUAGAGGAGGAGAAACAACGCAUCCUGAAAGAGAAAGAAGAACAGAUACGCAAAGAAAGAGAGGAGCUGGAGAGGAAAGUCCAGGCUCAGUAUGAGGAGCAGAUGAAGAAGAUGACUGAGCUACUCCAGGAUGAUAGAGAGAGGGAGAGGAAGGAGAGAGAGGAGGAGAGGAGGAGGGAGAGGGAGGAGAUGGAUGAGGAGAGAAAGAGAGAGAGAGAGGAGAGAGAGGCAGAGAGGAGGAGAGAGAGAGAGGAGAGGGAAGAAGAGAUGAGACAAAUGAAGGAGAAGUAUGACAAUGAUCUGCAAGUGAAGGUGAGAGAACUAGAGAGCAGACAUGAGGUCAGGGCCAGAGAGGAAGCUGAAUCUUCUAACCCCUUCGCUUUCCUGAUCCACAUGGUGUUAGAGGUUGUAAACUUGCUCAGAAGGUUUUCUGUUUGAUAGCAUGUUUCAUUUUUGUCGUGUUUAUUUCUAGUAGGAAGCCACGGUACACUUGACCUUGUUAAAUCUUUUGCUGGGGGUUGGGGGGGUGGGGGGGGUCUCACAAUCAUAUAGUCAACCCUUUUAUUGUAGUGGGCCCUACUUACCUAGUGAUAAGUGGUAAUAAUCUAGUAAUGAGGUAGUAAUGGAACCUUAAGUUGGUAUUUCACCAAGUAAUUACUUGAUUAUGUGAAGUACUUACCUAGAAAUAAUGUAUUAAUUAUAAAGUAAUUCCUCAUAAUAUUGAUGCAGUCGUCUGAUAAUUAGGUGCUACUUUACCCUGGCCUUACCCUUAUCCUGAUAUUGUGGCAGUUCUCCAGUAAUUAGGUGCAGGGAUGCAAACAGCCAUUUUGAGAGAAAAGUGAGAAAAAAGGACACUUCUCAUAAUCUAUUCCUAAAAAUGUUUUUAAAAAGUCAAAUAUAUUAGCCCAUCUCUGACUUAAUAACCAAUUUAUUUAAUGCCCUCACAUUCACAUAGUUGUUAAAUACUCAACACGUUUCUGCAAAACAAUACGAUCACAUAAAGACAAUGUCUAUUCACUGGGUUUAUCACAGGAGUACACUAGAACAAAAGAAGCUUUGACAUCAUGUGCAUGCUUUCCAUGCUACCUGCUAUUCAGAGUUUUACAAAAAUCUAUUUCUUUGUCAGGAAAGCUGUGCACAAACAGAGCUAAACACUACAUAUAUAUAUAUAUAUAUAUAUAUAGAGAGAGAGAGAGAGAGAGAGAGAGAGAGAGAGAGAUUAAUUCAUUUAAAGAAAAAAGGGGCACCCACUGGAUUAAACUGAGUUCUUCCUGAACAGUUUUCAGGUCAUUUUCAGGGUUGGGGUUGGGGGUUAGGGGUUAGAGUAAGGGUUUGUGGGUAAGGCUUGGGGUAAAAUACCACCUAUUUACCAGAGAAUUACUACAGUAUUACAAGGAAUUACUCUGUCAUUAAUACACAAGUGCUAGGUAAAUACGUCAUUGAUUUAUUGUUAUUUCUUCUAAAAAUGACAAGCUACUACUGGGUCAUUACCACCUUAUUUUUGAGAAAUUACAAGAUAAUGAACUCUAAACUAUAAAAUGACCAGGUAUUUAAGGCCCAUUAGAAGAAAGUGUUACCUAUUUUUUUAUAUCAGAUUGUACUGAAGAGUGAUUCAAGAACAAAAUAUUCUGAUGUAAACAGCUAAGUUUAAUAAUAAGUGUCUCUUUUUAUGGAAAGAUUGUGUUGCUGUCACUUUCAACCACUGUGCUUUACUGACUGCAGGCUGAAUUAAA